AUAGAAACAGAGAGCCGGAAGCGUGCAACAAAAUAUGUUCUACUUGUAUUGUUGACGUGACGUUGCUUUUGCCGAUGUGUAUCUUGCCCCUCUAGAAUAUCUAAUUUAAAUCAAAAUCUUUAGCAAUUAAAUUUUAUUCAUAAGUUUGAUUUCAAGAUGUCAUUAAUAUUAUUACAACUAUUUUCUCUUCUCAUUUUUCACAGUGCAUUAGGUGAAAUAUGUAAAAGUCCGAAAGUGGAGCAAAAUACUUACACAACUACUGAUGGCAUGGUGGUGUCUGAGGUUGCUCUCAUAAGUGAAAUUUCUGUUUCUUGUACUCCAUAUGUUAAGGAACUUGCUUUAUAUGCUGAAAAAUCUGGCAAAUCUGUUCCAGCUGUAAAAUCUCCUGAUAAUUUAAAAUACCAGUUCAGCUGGACUGAAAAUGCAGAACAGAUAUUUAGUGGUGAACAUGGCGUGAAAGUUUAUGAUGAAGAAGGAUAUGCUGCUAUCAGAAAGGCACAGCGCAACAGUGAAGAUGCAUCAAGCAUUCCAUCUGCAUUUUUCCUGUCACUUUACCAUAGGGGUACAUAUUAUGGUCCCAUGGUAUCUACUGAAUUCAUUGCUGCUGCUACAAGUAUGGUCCUAUGGUAUAUUGCCUUUACUCAAAAAGCAAAUUUAUGUUCUUGAAAUUUUCUUAAUGUGUACUUAACGAUGAUUUUAAUAAAUUUGUAAAUAAAAA